AUCGAUCUUCCAAGCAGUUUGACGCGCGCCUCUGUCCCGUCCAUCCUCGUCCGUUCUUUCCUCUCAUCAAUUGCCCGGAGAAGGCAGCCAAUCCCACAGCGCUUUUGUUUCUGAAAACCAGAUUUAUUUUGUGUCAUCUCGUCUACUGACAGCCGACAACACGCCUCCAGCAGCUGGCAGUCCAUACUGACUGGCUCGCCAGCUGAAUUCCACUGUGUCGCAGGUUCCACGUUGGCGCUGUACCCCGCGGCUACCCACCAACAUCACCUCUCCUCGCUGCCGGGCCGAAUUACGUCAAAGAUGUUUUCCACGGCUGCUGCCCUUCUGCUUCCGAUUGCAACAUUGCUACCGAGCGCUACAGAUGCUCAGUCCCUGAUAAUCUCCUUUGCCGCUCUAAUCUCGCGAGACGCUCUUUUGCCGCCUGUCGCGCGCCAGAGCUCAAUGCCAUUGUUUACCUUUCUCGAUGCCUUCUUGGUGAGCAGUCCCGAUCUGUCGGAUUCCGGGACACUCUCGAGGACCGGCUGCUGGGCCUUGUGAGACCAGCCGGCCAGUCGCAGAAUCGCCCGGCCGGAUUUUGAUCGCCUCCUCACAAGGCCAUCAAUGGCCUCCAUUAUCAGGUCCGGUGUUUUCCUUGUUUACGGGCAGUGUAAGGUAAGAUAGGUAGGUGGUAUUUGUUGGUUUUGGAUUCCGUUGUAGUAUCUGACUGAUAUCCAUCUCUCUUGAGACGGCAAUUACGCAGAGCCAUGAUGGAUGUCGAGUGCGGCGAGAGGAGGCUUGGGUACCGUAUGCACGAGGCUGGCGGCAAACUCCUACGAGCCGCUCUCUGGAUGUUGGUACUAUUUUUUGCACACGCCUGCAUGUCUUCCGCUUCCCGCACCCCACAACAGCCAUUCCCGCUUUGGGAUGUUCUUCUUCGAGAUACUUGUGUUCUCGCUGCAUCUACGAGAGCUGGCGAAGUCACGGCACAGCACCGCACCAUGCCCUAAGCGAACGGUGAGAGAGAGCCUGUUGGGCCCUCGACAGCUACCUACCUACCUUACCUACACACCUCGUCACCGUUGCAAGUCUAAUCUCGCGUUUUCUUACCUUCUCUCUUCGUCCUGUCUCUUGUCCUUACUGCCGCCAGUGGCCGGUGAUUUCUCUUCUAUUGUCACCUUAUCCACGGACCCCUACCCCCCCCCUGUCUAGCCCCCAGGUCCUCUUCGAGUUAACCGCCCUACGAGUACUUCCGCGUGCUCCACAGGGUCUGCUUGGUAGCCGCCCGCUCUUCAAACAGACGCCAUUUCGAAACCCAUCAGCCAUUAGCAGAGGCCGCUGGCCGCUCAUCAAGGUCUUUCAGAUACAGAUGCGUAGUUUCAUCAGUCCAAGCUUUCCUGUCACUAUACUGCUCGUUUCAGAUCUCCUACCCCGGGCUGAGUGCCCUUCCCUUUUUGGCAACCAGAGAUCAAAGCCUGGGUCUUAUUCUCUUUCCACCCUUGUUUCUUUUCCGGUCUCCAUCUUGAGCCUGAGAUACUAUAAGUCGACCGCCUCUCCUUCUCUCCUCGGCCGGCCUUCUCUAGCCAGUCAUUCAGUCCUCGAGCCCUUCGACCCGCCUCACCGCGACCCCUUUCUUCUUUUUUUCCUCUCCAUUGUUCAUUUUGUCAUUGUCAGGUUUUCCUACUCUGGUCUCAUCUGGUUUUCUGGUCUCAUUUGGUCUUGAAGAGUUUCCUCAUCGUCUCCUUGUUGUCUUUAUCAAACUGGGUUGCCGGCCUACCUUUUCUUGUUAACGACAACAACCACUACAACAUCAUAAACCGACCCACAAAGCCCGCCUGAUAGGUAAUACACUCGACCCGGGCCAAACAGAAACGCAAGAUCGUCACCGCACCAAUAAGGACCGAGGAGGCGAAAAACAUAGCAUGCCCAACUUGACUCGGGCACCAAGCAGCAGUGGAAGCAACGCCAAUAGCAACAACACAUACUACCAUUACCCCGACGUCACAUCGGCGCCCGACACAAUGUCUUACUACCAACCCACCCGGCAGCUCUCCGGGUUCUACUCGGACCUCACCACCACCGCCGGCGGCAACCCCAUGAUGGCCGCUUCGUACGAUCCCUACGCUGUCAACCCCGUCGGCCAUGCGGUCCCGUCCCUGCAGAUCUCCACCCACCACCAACCACCCCACAUGGGCGGGCCAGUAGGAGGCACCCUUCCCACUCAGCACCGCGCUUCCUCGGGGGCGUGGAACCAGGAAGACGAUCGUACCCUCCUUGCUCUGAGGGCGAUGGGCAAGAACUGGAACCAGAUUCAGCGGGAGGCCUUCCCGGGGAAGACGGGGAACGCCUGCAGGAAGAGACACGAGAGGUUGAUGGAGAGGAGGGGACAGAACGAUUUCGACAACAGGAAGCUGGAGAGGUUGUGCAAAGAGUACAUGAGCAUGCGCAAGGAGAUUUGGCAGCCCUUGGCGGCGAGGUGUGGGGAGAAGUGGAACGUGGUUGAGAUGCAGUGCAUGUCCAACGGCUUAAAAAAUAUCCAAUCCCACGCCCGCGCCUACGCCCGUCGUGAGAGGUUAGAGACUGGCCAACCUUUGCCUUCGAGCUACGACGAUGACAUUGGGCUCGGGGCUCUCACUCCUAUCGACGAUGUGGCGGAACAGAGUUAUUCCUCUCCUGAAACUACGGGGUCUACGGGUGCGCAUAGCACUCCCGGCGCGGCGAGCAGCAAUGGGAGCAGCGGGCAUGGGAUGGGGCAUCACUAUGGGGGCAUGCCACAGUAUCAUCAGAGUUAUGGGCAUCAGACGGGGUAUGGGCACGGGUACAGCAACAGUGUGUCGAGCACGGGGACGGCGUAUGGUGGGCAGCAGCAGACGCAGCAGCAGAGUCAGAAUGGGGGGCAGAGUCAAGGGGCGAGUCCGUAUAUGGGGCACGGGGGGAGGUUGCCUAGCGUUGGGGAUAUGGGGAUUGAUGCUAUGCUUAAUCGGGGGCAGCAGCAGUGAUUUGGUUUUCUCUUUGACUUUUGGGAUAAGGAGUUUUUUGGUCGGGGGUUUGGCUUCAAAAAAGGCGUUCGGGAGGUGGUUGGGUGAGUUCGGAAUUGGGGUUCCGGAUCGGGGUCGGGUUCGGGCUUUACUGUUUCUUCUUUUUUUUCUUCUACCUUUUUUUUUCUACUUACCUUUUCAUCUUUUGGCAAGGCGUUGGGUUCCGCAUCGGAGGGAUUUUUCUUCUUGUCUCUUGUUCUGUCUCUAUCAGAUACCACACCAUUCCUUGGCAUUUUUCUUUUUUCCUCAUAGUCAUCACUUUUUCCUUUGUCUUAACUCCUACUUAUCAUGUCAUGCUAUAUGCUAUAGAGAAGAAAAAGGGGAUGGAUUGGGUGGAUUGGAUGGAUGGAAUAAUGGGAG